AGGAAGUAGCGCGGGGCUUUUGUUAUUCGAAGUCCCACAGUCUAAAACAACUGGAAUAUAUCCGCAGUUUUAUGAUUCAAACAGCGACCUGUAAUCUCCUCCUCGCGGGGUGUUUUUGAGAUGGAGCCUUACGAGCCAGAGGCUCGUCUGGGGUUUGAACUUUACUGUCGUUGCCAUUUGGCACGGAGGCAAUCACCCUCCGGAGGUUCAGAUGAACUACUAAUACUUCAGCCGGCCGCUGUUAAAAAGUGCAUUUACACGAGUGUGAGAGGGAAUAAAACCGGUGGCCUCUCGAUAUGAAACGGCGUCGAGGCGUUGCGCUUCUUUUGUAUUUCGCAAUAUUCUCACAAACUCGCGGCGACGUCCACCGACCGUCCGCACGGAGAAAGUAGGGCCGCCGAACAGCGGCACCCAUGUGAACCCCACCCUCUCCUGGUGUGUCCUUAUCAGCACCUCUUCUGACCCCGUGGGUCCAGUUACCCCCUACAUAAAACAAAUAAUAAAUAAACAAUAAACCAUUGCACUAAUAUUCAUGUUUUACCUUUUUUUUAAACGUGUAGCCUACAGAUGAAUUCCACAUUGGUUUGGCCCAAAUCAAAAACGGACAUUAAACUUUGUUUCAUUAGACUUUUUAUUUUCUUUGCAUGUAUAAAAAAACCUGUCCGACGCCCUCAAGUCACCAUUGACAUCGCGGCUUAAUGUGAGGCUGCUUAUUGGUUUCUGCGGUGGUUAAAUCCAGUGGGCCCCCGGCCCACGGUCCUCUUCCUGGGCUCCUCUUCUUCUUCAGGAGCUCGCAUACACGGAGCUCGCCGUGGCUUCUGGAGCUCCCGCCUCGGAAGACCACGCCUCCCUCCGCGCGGAUCCACAUGGGACAGAUCCCGCCCCCCGAGCCGAGCCGGCAGCCUAUAACCUCCCCGGGUUUCCGCCCAUUCCUCCACAGUUGUUUCUUCGGGAUGGCAUUGUCAUGCAAAUAAAGGACGCGUGAAAUAUUCUCCCAGAGCGAGGCGCGGGGCAGAGACUCACACGGACCGCGCGGAGGACACACGACCGGGGGGGCCACACGGUGUGGAUUUGUAUCGCUUUUUUUUUCGUCGCCACGGACCCGUCCUUCUGUCACAGACGCCCUGGCCCUCAUGAGCAGCGACGCAUAGCCGGGACGUGCAUCAGCCGGGAAUCGGGUCGGACCGUUCAAGGAAAACCUGCGGCGGCUGUCCUGUGGAAAUAGUGUUCAUUCUUCCCGUUUCCACGCGUGAAGUCGGAGGUGUCUCUCCUCUCCAUCCUGUGCUUCGGGCUACCUGCUGCUGCUACGUGGGGGGAACUACUUCCAGAGACCCCUGGAUCGCUGGAGAACACCCUUUUUUUAAUGUUUUAGGGAUUUUAGGAUCCCUCAAAUAUUAACAUUUUUUUUGCACACCAAGUGUGUUAUCUCCUCUCCUUUGUCCUUUUUGGGAUAUAUACAGUACUUAAACACGUGCCUUAAUAGCUGGUUAUAAUCCAGUGUAACUGUGGCAUUGUCACCAGACCAGAGACGCUCAACAGGGGGAAGACGCGUGUUAUCGGCUUUAGAGCCCGGGCAGGAUUACUGGUCCCGCACCCUCCAGCGCGCUGCGACCAUGAGCCAGGCGGAGGUGUCGACGUGCUCCGCGCCGCAGCGGGUCUUCCAGGAGGCGGUGAAGAAGGGCAACACCAAGGAGCUGCACUCGUUGCUGCAGAACAUGACAAACUGCGAGUUCAACGUCAACUCCUUCGGGCCGGAGGGACAGACGGCGCUGCACCAGUCGGUCAUCGACGGCAACCUGGAGCUGGUCAAGCUGCUGGUGAAGUUCGGCGCGGACAUCCGACUGGCCAACAGGGAAGGUUGGAGCGCGCUGCACAUCGCCGCCUUCGGUGGCCACCAAGACAUUGUGCUAUACCUCAUCACCAAGGCCAAGUACUCAUCUGGCGCCCGGUGAUCUGUCUCUGCUGUCAGGUAAUAAAAAGGAGAAGGUUAAAAAAAAUUGAGAAAAAAGAAAGAAAAUAAAAAAAACAACAAGUGGAAAUUUAAGCUGCAACACAAGGGGAAGCCAGGCUAAAAAAACAAACUGCCAUCGUCGACAUAGUUGUGCCAAAUUAUACAUAUAUGUGUAUGUAUACAUAUAUAUGUGUAUGUUUAAAUAGACAGCAGAAUAGUCUUCCCUCAUUGAAAACCAAACGGGGUCCUCUCUGCACGCCUGGGUGAAGUAUCGCAUGGCUCGUACACGGCGCUUCAACGCGGCUCUUUAAACAAAAGAAACGCCGGGUUUCGGUGAGUUCGUUGGUACUAAAGCUUUCCUCUUGAAUGUGUUUAUUAGAUCCCGUCGUCCAAUAUAAAAAGAAGCCGGUGUCUGUGUAUCGUCACAUGCGUGUGUGUUUGGACUCCAGAAGUGCAGAUGGCCCAGUUUCUCUCUCCACCCAUGAGCUCCAGCAUACAGUUGAACGGUUUCCUCCUGGAGGGGGUGCAGGGUGGAGGGUGGCGGGUGGAGGAGGGGGUGGUCGGGGGUGUUGCUCCUCGUUGUUUUAAGUUAUUUUAUAUGAAAACACGGCACUUGAUUGCUAAAUGGCUGCAUGCUGGAAUAUCUGAAAGGGAAGACACGCGAACAAGACAGAGAAGAAGUGUUGCCCUCUGUUGGCUACCAGAGGUUUUAGUCUGUUUAUUUUUUUUAUUUUUAUUUUUUUAACUCAAAGAGCGGCAUUAUGGCUAACCAACGCGCUUCCACAUGUGUAACAACAAGCGGCUCCAUCAUUGUUGUGAUGUACUGUACACAAUAGCUUUACUUUGUUUGUGUUUUCAAGAGAGAGAGAGAGAGAGAGAGAGAGGAGCGGCGGCAGCAGGAUGCGCUCGUGCAGAUCUUGCCAUGCUGGCGUCCAACUUGUCGGGCCAGUUGCGACCACCGUGGCCGAUGGUCAUUGUGUGAAAAAAAAAAAAAAACAGAAAAAAACCCCGCUGCUUUCGCUUUGUAUCAAAAAAAAGUCGUAUUUGGAAUUCACUUUAUAAUCUCCUUUCAGUAUUUUAUUAACAUCCUAGUCAUCCCUGUGAAAGCAGGCUGUGCUUCUUUUUUUAUUUUAUUUUUUAUUUAUGAAGGUACAUUGAGAAGAUGCGUUUUUGAACAUGUUAUGGUUCUUCUUAAAAUCAUAUAUGAAUAUUUAGGGUGACUCAAGCUGCUUCAGACUCGAGGUAUAAAUAAACUGUCCCGUGCGGAGGUAGACCUGCCAGCCCCCCCCCCUCUCCAGAAACCCCUUCUGUUGAAGCCUGUUGACCCAAGAGGACUUUGUCUCCCGUUAAAAGGACUUUGUUUGGUUGCCUUUUGCCAGCUACCUCGACUAUAAAGUAUUCUCAAGUUGUUCCGCUCUCUCACCGCUCUGCCACGUUGUUUGGAGUCUGAGGAGAUUCACAAUUUGUCUGUGAUCAUCCGCAUGCCAGUAUGUUUUUUUUAUUUUAUUUUGUGGCCUACCAGACCGAUGGACUUCAGUACUCAUCAUGCAACCUCGGUCGGGCCAGUUUUUUCUCUUCUUUUUUUUUUUUUUUUUUCUUUUUUUUUUACACUACAACCAAACCAAUUCUGUCGAGCAAUGCAUCGUUUUGCCUCUGCAUGGGAGGCUGAGGCUCUCUGUUUCUCUCUAACACACGCACACACACGCACACACACACACUGCCAUUGUUUUCCAUACAAACCUCCACUUUCCUCUCUAUCUCUGUCUUCAACAGCCUGUUUUUUUUUUGUUUUCUAGGAUAUUUUAUUCCAGUCAUACAAAAAAAACACGUAUCGCGUGACUUUUAAAUGCAGGGAGUUUUAUUGCACAAAAACGCGGAGCCUUGUGCGCCCCUAGUGUUUGUACGGGGUAACUGCAGGAGCCAAGGCUUUGGAAUAGUUACUACUACUGAGCAGGAGCCUGAUACUGUUGGACGAUGAAGACUUCAAAUAGCAACAACACAUGACUAUAGCAGGCCGUCACAGAUUAGAAGAGGAAUAAUAAAACGGUUUCAUAAACUUGCCUGCUGAAUUUUGAAAGUCAUGGCACCCUAACAUUUGUAUCAAUGCUGCUUGUAUGUUUUGGUUUGUUGAUGUUUUUUAUUUUGUUUUUUUUAAAGCCUACUACUCAAAUGGCCAACAGUUGCAUAGAAGCUUCACAGCAGCACUGGUUCACCACAUGAGAAGCUGUUGAAAGAGGUUUUUUGUUUAAUUGCAGUGUGUUUGUGUGAUUCUGAGCUUCUCUUGGGGGCCUUGUGUCGCUGUCAGUAAAACAGUCACCCAGACUAAGAACUUCUUCCGGAACAACCACAAGUAAUCUGAAGCAAUAGAUCCACCAUAUCAAGGUAUAGAUUGGUAUCAGGCAACAAAUUAAUUAUGCAUCACUUGUCUUAAACUUGAUGUGUUUUCUUUUUUUCUUUUUUUUUUCUUUGAAUAUUGCACUGAUGACUGUUGUUGAAAAGUUGACUUUUGUGUGUCAACAUUUUAUUUUUUUUCUGAAUAGAAAAAAACCAACACAACAAAAUACUAUUGUAUAAAUAUAUGCUCCGGGUGAUAAAGUCCUAAUGUGUGUGUUACUUUGUGGAAAAAACGUGAUGUUUUUUUUUUUAAAGCAAAGAUGCGUGUAUCUCUGUGAUUGGGUGUAUGUAUAUAUACAUAUGGAUAUAUAUAUAUAUAUAUAUAUAUCGAUGCUGAUAUAGAUGACUGGGGGCACUUUCUUUUUUGAAGUGCUGUCUUCCUGUUUUUUUGAAAGGGGAAUAAUACAUUUGAUGGUAAGAUCAUUGUAACAUGGUUAAAAAUUGCACGGUUGUGUGGUUGUUUGGCUUACCAGGGUCAUAACAUUUAUGACGUAAGGAGCCAGCCUCCGGAUUGGUGUAAAUGAGUGAGAGGUUGUUUUUUUUUUGUUUUUUUUAAUGCUGACUUCUUUGGACCAAGUGGUGUUUCUGGUCUUGCUUCAUUUCAAGCAAGAGGAAACGGCAGAUUUUUCAUGAGUGAUGCAGAUGUUCCAUCAUGUUUCAUUUUGUUUGUAUACUUUUAUUUUUGAACAUUUGUAACACUGUGAUGAUGACGUGAUGUCAUGUGGAGAUGAGUGCUGUAUUAUUUUUGUACGUUUGUGUACAAGCCAGUAAAGAAAUCAUUAAACUCAAAAAUCUGU